AUGAGCCAAGGUAACGAAUUCCAUCAAGUCACAGAGGCAACGACUGCGCUGAAUAAUUUUCAGCAGAAUCCCUACGGUCCCAAUCCCGCGGACUAUCUGUCAAAUGUUGGCAGUUUCCAGCUGAUCGACUCCACGCUGCGCGAGGGUGAACAGUUUGCCAAUGCAUUUUUCAGCACCGAGAAGAAGAUUGAGAUUGCUCGGGCUCUGGAUGACUUCGGCGUGGAUUAUAUUGAGCUCACAUCCCCUGUUGCGUCAGAGCAGUCGCUCCGGGACUGCCAAGCCAUCUGCAAACUAGGGCUCAAGGCCAAAAUCCUAACGCACAUCCGCUGCCAUAUGGAUGACGCAAAGGUAGCAGUUGGGACGGGUGUCGACGGCGUUGACGUAGUCAUCGGAACCUCGAAAUUCCUGCGGCAGUACUCCCACGGCAAAGAUAUGAACUACAUCGCCAAAAGCGCAAUCGAAGUGAUCGAGUAUGUCAAGUCCAAGGGGAUCGAAAUCCGCUUCUCCUCCGAGGACUCCUUCCGCUCUGACCUGGUGGACCUUCUGAAUAUCUAUAAGACCGUGGACAAAAUAGGCGUCAACCGUGUCGGCAUCGCCGACACCGUCGGCUGUGCGAACCCACGACAGGUCUACGAGCUGGUCCGUACGUUGAAGUCUGUGGUUUCGUGCGACGUGGAGUGCCACUUCCACAACGACACAGGGUGCGCCAUUGCAAACGCGUACACCGCGCUGGAAGGCGGCGCUAAGCUAGUCGACGUCUCCGUCCUGGGCAUUGGGGAGCGGAAUGGAAUUACCCCACUUGGCGGUCUAAUGGCCAGAAUGAUUGUCGCAGCGCCGGACUACGUCAAGUCCAAGUACAAAUUGCACAAGAUCAGGGACAUUGAAAACCUGGUUGCAGAGGCUGUGGAGGUCAACGUGCCGUUCAACAACCCCAUCACCGGCUUUUGCGCAUUCACCCACAAGGCAGGCAUCCACGCAAAGGCCAUUCUGGCUAACCCCUCCACAUACGAAAUCCUCAACCCCAAUGACUUCGGGAUGACAAGGUACAUCCACUUCGCGAACCGCCUCACCGGCUGGAACGCGAUCAAGUCACGUGUAGAUCAGCUCAACCUCCACCUCACGGACGACCAGGUCAAGGAGGUCACCGCAAAGAUCAAGCAGCUCGGGGACGUCCGCCCACUGAACAUCGACGACGUGGAUUCCAUCAUCAAGGCCUUCCACGCGCAGAUCGCGACCCCCCGCGUCACGGCAAGGCCCGCCAACCGCGAGGAGGAGAUCAAUGGCUUUGACCUCGAGGCGCCGCCCCAAAAGAAGACCAAAAUACUAUAG